GACGUGGCCUGUUAACGGCCAUCUUGUGGAUACGCCUAAAGGAGGAAGCCAGAAGAACCGAAUCCCCCAGUGAGAAAAAGCCGACAUUUUCAUUUGGUUUUUAAGAAGACGGAAUAUAUCGAAUAGACGAAACAGUCGGAGCACGUAUUACUCACAAGUGAAUAACAGGCGUGGUCGGUUGCGGGGUUACAUUCUCUCAAGAUUUGUCCUUUUCCACAUUUCAGCCAUGGGGAAUAUGUUUGCAAAUCUCUUUAAAGGCAUUUUUGGCAAAAAAGAAAUGAGAAUUCUCAUGGUGGGUCUCGAUGCUGCUGGAAAAACUACCAUCUUAUACAAACUGAAGCUUGGAGAAAUUGUCACCACCAUUCCAACUAUAGGUUUUAAUGUUGAAACAGUGGAGUACAAGAACAUCAGUUUUACAGUGUGGGAUGUCGGCGGUCAGGAUAAAAUCAGACCUCUAUGGCGCCACUACUUCCAGAACACACAGGGUCUUAUCUUUGUCGUGGACAGCAACGACAGAGAGCGAGUCAACGAAGCCCGAGAAGAGCUGAUGAGAAUGUUGGCCGAAGACGAGCUGCGAGAUGCCGUUUUGCUAUUAUUCGCAAACAAGCAGGACCUCCCAAAUGCGAUGAACGCUGCCGAAAUCACCGACAAGCUGGGACUACACUCGCUUCGACAAAGACGGUGGUACAUCCAGGCCACGUGUGCCACCAGCGGCGAUGGCCUCUAUGAAGGACUGGACUGGCUGUCCGGUCAGCUUCGAAACCAGAAAUAACUCUCCUCGCUGCCCCCAACCCCCCUUCCCAUUUCCUCCACCUCUGCUUCCUAUUUACUCCUGCUUUACUCCUCUGUUGCGAACUGUGCUACUUUGUGGUAACUUGUGCUGGAAGCUGCCCUCAUUUCAUCCCUCAUCACAAUAUAUAUAUUAUGAGCCACACUUUUUUAAAGUUGUGGGAGUAAGCAAGCCUUGGAACGCAGACAGUUUUCUUAUUUAAUGUAAAUAGUCUUUUGCUUUUGGAAUGAGGCAGCUUCUGGCACUCUUAUGCAAUAUUUACUCUGCCUUUUUUUAUUUUUAUUUUGUACAAGUCGACAGACAUGCGUGUACAGUGCGUGUUACUGGAAAAGAGAUACACAAAGCUCUGCAGUUUUUUCUCUCUCAAAAAAAACUCUUCAGUUUCCACCCCUUGCCCGGUGUUUGCAGGGAGAAGUUGGCCCCCUUUCCUUGGAUGUAGGUUUUUAAUUUGUACUGUACUCGGAAGUGUUUUUUUUUUUUUUUCCUUCAAUUUAUUAAACACUGUUAAAGCACAGACCUCAGAAGCACCACUCGCUACAAUGUCAGUCAUGUUCAGCCCAACAGAGUCUGGGUUAUUGGUUACAUUUCACCAUUUCUUUGUGGGUUUUUUUUUUUUCAUUUAUUUUUGGAAGGCCUUGCACCGCCUAGCAUGCGGAUGCUAGGUAAUGAAGUAAAGACGGCAGCUUUCACCUGAAAGGUGAUUGUUCAGCUCACAAUGAGAACUCCAGGUCCUGACUUACUAAGACCCUUAGCACUCCCAAAUCAUUUGGCCCACAAAAAACUAAUGACACAACCAAUGACUGGUGCAAAACAAAUAUCAUGACUAAUCGUUGGUAUUGGUUUUGUGUGUGCUAAAAGGUCUGGAAUGUACUAGAAGUCUUUGUAAAUUAGGUCCCAAGUGUAGAAAGUAACACAAGGUUCAUCAUUUGGGUUCCUCAUUCAAUCAGUCACUUACUGUGCCCUGCAAGCUGAAGGUGCAAACCUAGAUUUUGAUGGCUGUUGCCAUUGGCAGAGCUUUGUGCUUCACUGGCUUGUUGACGCUUCUUUGGGUUGCCCUGCUCUGCUUUGGUACGGUGGGAAACUGGAGAGGGCAAGGCAUUUACAAGCAUUUUAGUCAUUAUUUCUGUCAGUGCCAGUUAUGAACACCUGACCAAGUGCAAUAUGGCUAAAUGUCCUUUAACAGUCUGAAUUGUUAUUUAGGGGCCAAAUGCUACAUUUCCCCCCCACACACCACUUUACACUUUGAAUUUAAAACCCACAUGCUGUAUAAAAAAAACUAACCAAAUGUGGCAUGUUGAUUGUGCUACAAGCCACAUCAUUGCGUUGCCAAUUUUUCAUAUAGUUAUACUGUAACAAAUUAAAGAAAUUAUUGACCCAUUUGGCAGUCAGAAAACUGGUAUGUCUGUGCCUGUUCACAAUAAGUUGAGAGUCCACCAAAAUUGGUUUUUUCACCAAUCUGAUUUUCCAAUUUUUUUUUUUUUUUUUUUUUACUUUUAAAAGGCUUAAAUUACAUGUCUCAGACCAUUGUGUGUUAUUUGUUAAAUUGAAUAUUUUCUAAGAUUAUCAAAAGAAAGUUGCUCCAGGAAACCAAUCAACUUGCAGUUUGUGCUCUGAAUACGUAAACCGAAAACAUGUAUUGCACAGGACAUUUCCAAAAUGUAAAAAUAGGUCAAAUGAUGUGCUUUCAAAUUACCUUAUUGUUCUUGGCCCCAUGCAUUGACAGCUACAUUUACUGACUCUUUGGGAUGGAUCUUGUCUGUAUGGUGCUUCAUGGCAAGCUCAACCAUCCACACAAGUAUCUGGUACAGGUACCACAAAUGGAUUUGUAGCACGCUUUGUCUGGAACUUUAACACAGACCUCAUUGAAGCCCCUUGGUCUGUCGAAAGGGGCACAUUUUUCCUUUUAAUGCCUUUUCUAGUGAUAAUAAAAAGAGUAAUGUCUGAUUGGAUUGACAUGGUGUUAGUAUUUGAAAUCUGUAUGAGCUUCAUGUUGUAGACUGACCCAGCAAUGCAAUAUUGCUUCAACCCACAGCAGCUCACCUCGAUCUUGGCUGUGCUCUGCAGUAGACACUAGUACUGUCCUUCAUAGAAACAUGCUGUUCAAAGCCUUUUGUUUUCUUGUCAAAAGGAAUGUUUAAAGCAUGUUGGCGAGUCAUUCCAUGCUAGUAUUACACACAAACCAUGGCAAACCCACAAAUAAGGGUUAUGUAAGAAACACUCAAAGCUGUGAUUGCAGAUUUGCCAUUUGUCCGUCCACAGGAUUUAGACACGAUUGCCUCGUUUUUAUCGACACUGAUGAUUGAGUCUGGGACAAAUACAGUAGUUGAGUCUCUUGGUAGAGUUGAUCUCAAAGUCUGACUGAUUGUUUUAUAUUGUUAUUUCUGUUUAUUUGAUUUCAACAGAAAUUAAGCACUGUAAUUAAAGCUAUUAGAAUAAA